AUGGCUGGAUUUGGAAGUUCUGAGGUGAGAACUCCGAUCUUCUCCGGUGAGAACUACGAGUUCUGGAGAAUCAAGAUGGUGACGAUCUUCAAAUCUCUUGGGUUAUGGAAAUUAGUUGAAAAAGGGAUUACGAUCUCAGAAACAAAGAAGAAGAAGAAAGCUGAAGGAAGCUUAGAGGAAGAAGAAGACGAUGAGAAAAUGGUCGCAACAUAUAUACAAGAUGCAAAAGCUCUGGGUAUUAUUCAGAAUGCAGUCUCAGAUCAGAUAUUUCCUCGGAUAGCUAAUGCAGAUUCUGCGAAGAUGGCAUGGGAUCUGUUAUAUGGUGAGUACCAUGGUGGUGAUCAGGUAAGAUCUGUGAAACUACAAAAUCUGAGACGUGAAUUUGAGUAUGCUAGGAUGCGUGAUGAUGAAACUUUGUCUGGAUAUCUUACUAGGCUAAAUGAAUUGAUUAAUCAGAUGAAAACAUUUGGUGAGAUUCUGUCUAAUGAAAGGCUUGUGCAGAAAGUUCUGAUUAGUCUUAGUAAACCAUAUGAUCCCAUAUGUCUAGUCAUUGAAAACACAAAAUGCUUGGAGACUGUAGAAUUGCAGGAAGUUGUAGCAAUUUUGAAAAGCCAAGAACAACGGUUUGAUUUACAUACUGUUGAUGCAACUGAGAAAGCAUUCUCUUCACUUUCUGUGAAUCCAAAGGAACAAAACAGGAGCAGUGCAUACUCUGGUUCAUCCAAAUCUCAGAAAAACUGGAAUUCUAAAGGCAAGAAAUGGGAGUCUAAGCCUAAGUUCCAACAGAGAUCAUUUACUAAUUCUGCACAGAAUUCAUCUUCUUCAGGAUUCAUGAAGCAAGAUAUAGUUAACCACAGUGUAAAGUGUGCUCUAAGUUUCACUUUGGAGAAUGUCGAUACAAGGGACAAUCCAAAUGUCACAACUGUGAUAGGUUCGGGCAUUGGGCUAGAGAAUGCACAGCAGGCAAGGUUGUUUAGAAGGCAAACUGUGCUAAUCAAGCAGAAGUGA